CGCUUAUGCUAGUAACAAGAAACAACUCAAACAGUGAACACACGAUAAACUAGAAAACGCAAACAAUAUUUUUUUCGGAAGAAAUUUCUAAAACACAACGAUAGCAUUACUCAUCAUCAGCUUUUAUGAUCGCAUUACAAUAAACAGCAUUAAAUUAAUUUUAAGGUUUAAGGUAAAACCAGUGACCAACAGUACGGGCGGGUCCGCAGGUCACCAGUAACUAGCUCGGUUUCUUUCUUCUUUCGGUGCGGGAGUGUUUGUGGCCGACGAAAUCAAGUGACAUUACCAACAGAGAGUAUAAUAAUAACUAGAAUCUAUCGGAAAAAAUAGCACAAUUGUGAAACAUCCGAUUGUCGGGAAGGUGUGAUAUUUUCAGCUUAGUUUUCUCGAAAAAAAAAGAACAAAAUGCCCCCAUCGAAGCUGGAUGGACUGUACCGAUCUUUGCUGCUGACCAAAUUCUUCUGCAAAGGUUGGGGCAAACCGGAGAAUCUCGAAAGACUGUUCGACUUCCGCAAAAUCAUCUCGAACCGUGCGGCCUGCUCGAAGCUGGUACCCCGCGACUACCCGGUUGAGAUCACCAAGGAGGAAGUUACCUCCGACUGUAAGAUUCUCGAAGGCAAAUUCAAAACCCCCCUGGAAAUCUAUCUGCCCGGACUGGUGCCGGAUGUGGUACAGAAUGCACACUUCCAGAUACUGCUGCCGCUCAAGUGGAAUGACGAGCGGUUUAAGCCGAUGUGCAUCCAUCUGGCAGGAACUGGGGAUCAUUUCUACUGGAAACGCCGCAAUUUGAUCGCGAAACCCCUGCUGAAGGAGGCCAAUCUUGGCGCGAUCAUUCUGGAGAAUCCAUUCUAUGGAGUGCGUAAACCAAAGGACCAAAGUGCCUCUAGUCUACACAAUGUUUCGGACAUUUUCGUCAUGGGUGGCUGCCUGAUGCUGGAAUCACUGGUUCUGCUGAACUGGUGCGAGCGCAAUGGAUACGGUCCGCUCGGUAUCACCGGUCUAUCGAUGGGUGGUCACAUGGCAUCGCUGGCAGCCACCAAUUGGCCCAAACCGUUGGUUUUGGUACCGUGCCUCAGCUGGUCCACAGCUUCAGCAGUAUUCACCGAGGGCGUCAUGAGCCACUCAAUCAACUGGGACGUCCUGGAAACGCAGUAUUUCGCCGAUGGCAAGUUCCGCGAGCGGCUGUCCAAAAUGGUAACAGUGGUGGACGAUGCCUUCGUGGCUGGUCAACAUUUCGUACAAAAUUUUUCACAAUCCGUGCAGGAGCUCAAGCAGGACAUUUGCGAAACCAGUGAGCUGGACUGUGCUAUCCCACUGAGUGAUGUGAAUCUAACCGUCGUUCGCGAAACCACUCCAGAACGAGAACAGAAGCGCAUCCAGAUCAACAAAAGCAACGUUCUGAAUCUGUCUGAGCCGUUGCUUAACAAGCUGCUUUCGAACAUCAAAUGCGAGCUCACUCAAGAUGAGAUCGAUGAGUUGAAUCUAAAAAUUCAAUUAGCCCUAAAAAAGUACAAGGAAGAAAACGAGACUGAAAGUAAUCAACUGAUUCUGGCGGUCAAGCCGGAAGAAGUGACAGAGGCAGCUCCAUCCAAAUCGCUCGGAUCGAAAAUUAUGGAGUACAUUAGCUGGGGAAGCAGCAGCACAGCCACCACAGAGAAGCGAGAACCGAUUGACACCACUAAAACUCGCUGGUGGGAACGGGAAGCACUGCAAUUCAUGCGCGGCAUGAUGGAUGAAUGUACCCAUUUGAAGAACUUCUCCGUACCGUACGAUACCUCGCUAAUCAUAGCCGUUUGCGCCAAAGAUGACGCAUACAUUCCACGCGAGGGUUGCUCCAGCCUGGAAGAUAUCUGGCCUGGUGCUGAGGUACGCUAUCUGGAUGCCGGGCACGUUAGCGCCUAUGUCCUACACCAGAAACUAUUCCGCUCAUGCAUCGCUGAAGCAUUCGAGCGGGCCCGCAAGAAGUGGAUUCCAGAGAACGAGCGAAUCCAAGAGGUAACUGAAUCCCCUAAAUAAAUAGCUCUCAGUAAGAAACAAAACAAAACACUCCCAUUCGAAACAGGGAGAGAAGAAAGGCUGUGAGGAAACUUUUACAUUAAACCAACCAAAAAAAUCGCAAAACUCGAAAAAUCUCAAGCCAUUCCAAGCGGAUGGGCAACCCGAGCUGUGAAAGGGAUGCGGCUUUCGAUUCCUCUAGCAGGCACUCUGCCACUAUCGAGAAGAGGAAUGCUCUUGACGCAGAAAAAAAAAACCGUAACAAAGCAACGUCACCAAGAUCAUCAUCUGUAGCUCGUAGACCGGAAUGAGGAGACGGAACUCUCCCGAGGAAAGCUAAUGUACAUCCAAGAAGAGAUGGACGCUUUACGUUUACUUCCACUGAAGGAAGUAGGCUGUGGAAGCAACGAGAAAAGGUGCACCGAGCGCAGCGAAAUGUUUUGCUUCGUAAAUUUAGUCAGUAUUCAGUUAGGAGAUUGAAAAUUCGUACGCUGCGUAUAAACUUUAGUGUUAUAAUCACCUUUCGUUCAACGUAAAUACACACAUAUACACGAAAAAAAAAACAUUCUGGUUAGAGAUAAUAAAAUUUUACGCUUAGUCGGCAGCUUAGAAUACUGCUUGAAAUAAAA